ACUUCUAUUACUUUCUCAAAGUACAAAGAUGGAUAAUAUUGGUUCUCAAAGUGUAGAACAUCAUGCGGUCACAAUAUGGGAAAUCAACCGAGAUCGACUCACGGCCAUGCAACACAAACUUUCCGACACACCCAAACUACUAAGUGUCGCCGCGGGUCGAACCACAUGUUCCAUUUUCAAAGUCCCACAAACCCUGAUCGACAUCAACGGUAAGUCAUAUCAACCCCACAUAGUCUCGGUUGGACCGUUCCACCACGGUCAACCGCACCUCGAGAUGAUCGAGGAGCACAAGUGGCGGUUUCUACGCCAGUUGUUAAAUAGAACACAAGCUAAAGGGAUGGUGUUGGAGGACUACUUGAGGGCCGUGCAACCGCUAGAGGCCAGGGCCCGCGAGUGUUACUCUCUCACCAUCCCUUACACAACCGACGAGUUCAUUGAAAUGAUGGUGCUCGACGGUUGUUUUAUAAUAGAGCUUUUUAGAAAGAUUGGUGGGUUGGUGGAGGUUGAGGAUUAUGAUCCACUAAUAACCAUGUCGUGGAUCGUUUCAUUUUUCUUACGGGAUCUGGUCAGGUUGGAAAACCAGAUCCCGUAUUUCGUUCUGGAUUGUUUAUUCCAGUUAACGAAAACACCAGAAAGCCCAACGCUAGCUAUGUUAGCGUUGGGCUUUUUUAAUUUAGCUCUACAACGGCCUGAUACCGUUCUGGAGAAAUACUCCAACGUUAAAGCGAAACACUUGCUUGACCUUCUUCGAACAAGUUUCCUUCCAUCGGAUCUCGAACACUCUACAAAACCCGACAAUCGUCCACCCCCACAUGUAAUUCAUAGCAUCUCAAAGCUUCGUCGAUCGGGAAUCAAGUUAAAGCCGUGGGAAGCCGAAAGCUUCCUUGUGGUUAACUUCAAACACGGCGUUAUCCACAUGCCGACUAUAGCAAUCGACGAUUUCAUGUGCGCUUUUUUAUUAAACGCGGUUGCAUUUGAACAAUGUCAUAGUGGAUGCUUAAAAAUCGUCACUACAUACGCUACGCUGCUUGAUUGCUUGAUAAACACGUCUAAAGACGUCGAGUUGUUAUGCGAUUGGAACAUUAUCGAGAACUAUUUGGGUACGGAUGCUGAAGUUGCAACUUUUAUUAACAAUAUGGGAAAGGAUGUUACAUUCGAUAUCGAUGUGUGUUACUUGGCUCGGUUAUUUGAUAACGUAAAUCGACAUUAUCAUAGCGGGUGGCACGUCCAACUAGCGAGUUUUAAGUACACUUAUUUUAACACACCGUGGUCGUUGAUAUCUGCGAUGGCGGCUUUACUUCUGUUGAUUCUAACUGUUGCCCAAACACUAUACACGGUCCUUAGCUACGUUAAUCGUUAAGUUCUUGAUUAGAUUACGCGUUAAAGAGUUGUUUGUAAUUAUAUACUUACUACUGCGAAAAACGUAGCUUGUAUGUAGUGCAUAGAUAAUAAUUAAAGUAGCAGGAGAGAGAAAAUAUAACGGUUUUGUAAUCGUCUAUAUGGUUUUUUUUACAAUUCUCAACAUAUUGUUGGUAUGAAAUAUACAUUUGUGUGUAAAUAAUGUUGUUUCUUUUUAUAAUAUAUUACUAGAUA